UUUUUUGCCUGAGACAUUUCGUCUAGUCCUAGAUCUAUGGGUUGUUGUUGCUCAUACAUACAUUUUUGGCCAAGGUAGACAUCCCCUCAUACACCUACAAUCUUCAGUGCGCAUCAAUGCUAGCAACAUCGACGCUAACCAACUGAUUGUCUUUUUGAAGUCAUGAGUAAACUACAGCCAGAAACCCCGGUAGUCAACUUGAAUCCACAAAAUGACAUCCCUAUCGAAUCCCUUGAGCUUAUUAGAAAUAGGCUUCACCAAGUCUACCAAUCCUUGCGAAAAUUGGCUGAUCAGAUCAAUUACACCAACAGAAACCCAAAGGCCAGACUUCCCAGUUACCUGAACUUGCAUGGCCAAUUCCAGGUUCUUAUCACACAAUUACAUAGCAUUGCAUCUCAACUAGAUCAUAACAGCGAAGUGCUAGGAUCAACGAAUGCUUACCCUCUCCCGAAUUUUCCGACCACUCAAUACGAAGGGUUGGUGACCACUCUUUUGCGGAAAAAGCCUCUACCAGCGGUAGACGAAUGGGUAGACGAGGCUAUCAAAAGCUGUGAAACAUUCAAAAUAUCCGUAGAUAAAGACAAUGAAAUCGCGGAGUGGUGUCAGUUAAAGGUCAAAGAAUUGGCAGAUGAGUAUAAUUUCGAUGGCUUUCUCACAGAGGACGAAAGGAGUGCUAUGGAGACAGACCAGGAUGCAAAUACGGGCGACAUAGAUAAAGGAGGUAGAGCAGCACAAUUUGUGACAUCGAAACCCCCAAUGGACCCGAACGUUGUCAUGAAAUUUAUGACCCACGGUGUCAUUGAGUGAUGGAUAUUGGGCCAACAGUAUGAUUUGAAAGUAGUCUAUAUAGCACUAAGCCUUAGUGCAGCGUAUCUA